UUUGGCUGCCCCGUUUUAUUUUGAGGGACGUUUUUGAAAUUCUGCACAUUUUUGUAUAGCAAUAUGAACUCACUUCGACGAACGAAAAUUCGACUACGAAAGGUUAAAUUGAUCCCUUAUAUAUUAUUCAAGUUGAUUGUUUUUGAACAAUGAAUGUCACUCUUACCUUGUAAGCUGACUUUUCCAACGGCCAUUUGAGAAAAGAAUUCAAUCGCUCGGUUUCGGUGUUUCUUUUCCAUAUCGACUUGGAGCAGAUUGAGAUAAAUCAGUGCGUGAGUGCAUAUGCGGGGUGCGAAAUUGACAAGAAGUUUCGAUGCAUGCUGACUAUUGCAACUUCAGCAUCGAAUCGAUCGUUAGAUCUGCGAGGAAUAAACACGAAGUUCGUAUACCUUUUGUUUUCACGUUUUAUCCUGUUGGGAACGCAUGCGAUAACAGCGCCACGCCGGUCGAACUAUCGUUAGUCGGUCACCUUGGGAAUAGCAUGACAUCCGUUCUUCUCCCUCUCGCGCUUUGCGCUGAAAACUCUAGUCUCCAUGGUGUCAACGAUCAGCCGGCCAAAUAAAUAGUCAAUUCGGUACUCGUUACAAAUCAUAUUUUACCGUUGAAUAAAUAUUUUUUCGGAACGGUAAAAAGACUGAAAAAAGAAUUUCAAGUCCCGAUGUGACAAAAUAUAUGAAAAUUUUCGCGAUGAUAACCAGCGGGAACAAAGUGUACGAAGUGUUACAAAAGAGUGGGUGAAUUUGGAACAUAACCGUUUUCUUGAGAGGCGCGUAUUGUGUGUGUAUAUGUACGCGUGUGCUUCGUGUGUAUGUGGUGGAAAAAGAUUUGAAUUAUGUCGGAAGUGUAAUUGAGAUCACUUUCGAUCGAGAACCGAAAGAGGAAUAGCUAUUGAAUAAUACAAACAACUAAAAUGAAGAUGGAUGACUUUAACGAGGGCGUGGAUGGUAAACUUGCCUCGAGAAUGCGAAAAGUCAAUCAGGAACAAUUUUUAACCCUUGUCAAAAUGCACCUGUCUUUUGAAUUGGAUCUCAACACCGAAGAUAACGACUGUACAACGGAAAAGGCAAAAUUGAAAAAAUGGGGUUUACUGAGCUUCUCAAAAAAACCUAAAUCGUCAAUGAGUCUUCAAAGGGAUAGCGAUGGAGCAAAUCUCACAGCAGAAGGCAUAAAUCAAGUGAAACAGCUGAUUGUAUAUUUGUCAAAGGAACAAUGUAUUUCGCAGGAAGGAAUAUUUAGAAGGACAGGGAAAUUGACUAGACAGCAUGAAUUAAAAGCUGCGCUUUAUCAAGGUGUUCCUUUGGAAUUGGAAAAUGGACCUUACAGCGUUCAUGACUGUGCUUCUGUAUUGAAGACUUUUUUGGCUGAGCUGUCUGAGCCUCUCUUGACCGAACUGCAUUAUCCUGCUCAUUGCCAAAUAGCAGAACUUUGCACCAGCGAUUCGAGCACUAACGAGCCACGUCUGUUGAGUUCCCUUCAGCUUUUGUUGCUCUUACUGCCACCAGCAAACAGAACAUUGCUUCGACAGCUUCUUGAUCUAUUGAACAAAACUGCGGCUUGUGAAAGUAGCAACAAAAUGAAUUGUGAUACCUUGGCCACUUUAUUCACGCCGCAUCUCAUGUGUCCACGAAAAUUAUCACCUGAAGCUUUACACACGAAUUCUCAACACCUUUCGGGACUCGUUGCUUUUAUGAUCCGGAGGGGGACUGAACUUUUCGAAAUACCACCAAAAUUGGCGACCGACAUCAGAGCGUACUGGGUCGAACAAGAACGAAAGUUACUAAGUCCUAAAAAAAGUGACCUCAACGAGUCGAUGUCAGAUACAACGGGAACAGCGCACACAGUAUUCAGUUUCGUCGAUCACCAAUUAACUGCAAAAGCAAAUUCAACGCAGGACACUCAGGCAGCACUUGCUCAAUUAUACGCUCACAUACAAGCCAUGCCGGAAUCUGCUAAAAAACGAAGGCUCGUGAAACAAUUCAACAAGGAAAAUGGACAGGGAACGCCGCGACACGUCAAACAAUAUCGUACUAAGAGCCUUGGCGAUUCUAUCAAAAAACAUAUCUUCCAAAAAAAAAUUUUAGGUCAUAAAAAACUGGUUGAUAUCAAUAUCGGAACCAACAUCAGCAGAUCGAGUAGCGAAGAGAAUAUUCUUUCAGCGGCGCCAUACGACGGAGUUGGGAACGAGAAAAUGGCAAGGUCAUCAAAAGGCUUAUUCAGCAAAUCAGACGAUGAGUUGAGCACCGAUAGUUAUGAGAAUUCACUCGAGACGGAAAAUCUUCUACAGAUAAAACGAAUAAGUAACAGCACGGGGAGUCUCGACACGUCAAUUUUGGAGUCGUAUAAAUCGAAGUGCAGCGUUCAACUACUCAGUUCUGAAAGUAUGAGCCAAGAGGGGGAAAACGAGGCGAUUCUAAAGAAAAAGAACGAGGGCAUUGCAACGGAAAAAGGAAAGAACACACCGCGGUCGUGCAGUCACGUCAAUUCAAAUACCUCGAAUAUAUUUGUGACGCCGAAUUCCAAGGUUUCGAAUUCAUUUGUAACUCCGAAUUCAAAUGUCUACGAGACCCCGAAAUCUCAAUCUGCGUUCGAGAAACUUAAACGAGGAACCGAUAGUUCAAUGACGAAAAAACGACGAGAAUUGAUGAAAGAAAAUUUUGCUGAAACAAAAACCGAAAAUGAGGUCACAGGUGAUAGACUUUUGCGACAUAAAAGCGAACCACCGAACAUGUACUCGACCCGCAAUGUUCUGAGCUUGUCCAACCAAGUGGACAACAAUCUCAUGAGGCGAAGUUCCGAUUCUGGUAUUGGUCUUUUUUCGAAAAUGCCAAAUAUAGAAAUAGUCUCUACUCCCACCAAAGUAAUUAACGACAAAGAGAAGAUUCGAGAACUUAAUCGUUCAGGAUUGAGUGGUACGCCAAACGAUAAGAAAAAUGAAGUCUCUUGCACGAUCGCUCAAGCUUCACCUGUUAUAAAAAACAAGUUUUGGCAAGUUUAUGCUGCCCACACUUCGACACCGUCGGAUUUGCUCAGAAGAAAUUUAGCCAACGGAGAUUAUAUGCUUACGCCGCUAACCAACAGCGACAAGAGCAUGAGCCCUAUAACGCAAAGCACUACCAAGAUGAGCAGAGCCAUGCAGGAAACAAUGAUGACGCCCCGAUCUCGGAAGCCAGUGAUGAUGAUUUCGGGUUCGAAUCUCUGCAAUCUCGCAACCCUAGACAACAGUUGGGCUCAGAGUAGUAGCAACAUAAACCAAGCCCGGGGUUCGAGCAUCACCGAGGCGAUGAAUCGAAAGAAUUGCGAAUCGAUAUUGGAGGAAUCGCACAGGCCAGAUGGCACGGUCACCGAAAGUAGCAAUAUAAAAGGGCAAAAGCUGUUUCGGGAAAACAAGAAAAGCUUUCCAUGUUAUGGGAAAGCGGGAGGAAAAGACAUAAAUUUUGUAGAAUCGCCGGUCGAAGAUUGCGGAACGACGAUACAACGGAGUUCAAUGUCGAUAACGAGUACGUUCAGAGAAUAUUUGCUUUCUCGUAGCGUGUUAACCGCGAGUCCAGUGGAUUUGAGUUUUUCGUCGCGUACCGGUGAUUUUGAACAAUCUGAAUCAGACUUAAAUAUGUUGAGCGAAGAGGGACUAUCCGACAGUCUUUUGCACUGUUUGGACGGCAAUAAUCCGGGUUCCGAUACUUCCGGUAUUGCUUCCGGUAGUACGAACAGUGCGAAUAAUUCUUUGGAAAAGAUCGAGGACAUAGUCGCGUCCCCGAGGAAACGUGGCACGAGCUUGCAGCGCCAUGACUCGAAGAGAUCAGUCAAAACUAACGACACAGUUGAAGAGCUUAAGCAACAACACACUAUGAAACAUAAACAAAUGAGCGAGUCCACUCUCAAUUUCGUUAAAAUCAAAGAAAAUGUUCAGGAAACUUCGUUUUAAGAGGAACCUUUUUAUUUUCCAUUUGUACCUCUUUUGUUUAUCGCGUCUAAUAAAUUCAACAAAUUUAAUAUCUUGCGUUUUUAUGGAAUAUUGAAUAAUUACAUGGAAAAUCAUUUACACGAAACAGAAAUGUAAGUGGAAUCGGCGAAUUUCACAGAAUCAAACAUUUUGUGAAAAUGUUCGAAGAUAAUCUGAAAAGAUAUUCAAUGAAUAAAUGAAUUUUUGUGUCGUUGAGUUAAACACUCGAAGGCCUUGAUUGAAAAACGAAUAUUAUCGAGUCAAAUAAAUGAUCAACCGACGGAUUCAAAAACUAAGAGAAAAUAUAAGUGAAUUAAUGAGUCUAACAAAAUAACAUGACAUAUGACAUACGAAUAUCAUUUUACUUAAUGGAUAAGUAAAAAUUAUCGUUUUUACCACUAAAUCAUCGAAAUUCGCCUCUUUCUUACUCUAUUAUAUAUAAAGAAGAUAUUUUUGUAAUUCUAUCAAAUGGCUAAGUAACACCGACGAUACGUAGGAUCAAUAUUCUAUCUGAAAAUUGAUCAUUUGUUACACGAUACUUUUACGUCAAUUGGUAUUACGAACGAAUGAAUCGUAUUGUAACGUUAUUAACAUUGACCUAAUUGUACUUCGAUAAAAAUACUUUGCAAAAUUUCCUGCGAUUAUGGGUAAAAUAUUCAAAGUAAAAAAUGUAAAAACAAUUUUAUAAAUUAAAAAACAAAAGUAAA